AUGUCUGGACCCACCUGGCUGCCUCCAAAAACCCUUGGGAGCCCGGAAAGAUCCACGACGCAGAUGUCGCACGCAGGACCUUCCGUCUACAGGCCGCCCAAGAAGAUCUCUCCUUCCGACCAGAGGCCCAAAUAUGGUGUGUACGACCAGAAUGGAGGUGCGGGAGGAAAUCCACUCCCUGUCAGAUACAUGGCUACUGGAUCUACAGGUGGAGUGAUCCAGUCCCCACACCAGGAUGACCGUCCUGGUCCUGGUACCUUCCACCCCCUGUCUCCCAAGCCCGGUGAACAGUACUACCCCCCAAACCACGGGUCCAAGGAGGACCGGCACAUGUGGAACCCACACAUGUCCACCUACGACCAUCACAGUCGUGGUUCAGAGAAGCAUGUUUCUAACAUUGAAUCGGAGAUCGAUUCUCUGACCUGUAUGCUGGCUGAUCUGGAUAGUCACCCACAGAACUCAAGCACACAGGUAACACAGUUGUAUGAUAACGUGCCUUAUAGCAACCACAUCUCAGGGGACCGUUACAAACCCUCACCCCAGCCAGGGUCACUGUCUCAGGGCAGGCCGUCCAUGGGCUACCUCCCUCAUUCCCAGAGCCAGUACCACCAUUCUCCCCAGCACCCUGGCUCCCAGUACUCCAACCAACCAGACUACGCCUACCCAUCCCCAUCGCCGUCCUCCACUUUGUCUCACAAGCCCUACCCACAACCCGUGCCAGCAUCGUACACCACCGCCUCUACCCCCACCGGCCCGCGGUUCAGCGUCCAGGUCAAAACUGCUCAGCCGGUUGCCUACAACCAAUCAGGUCGGCAAGCUGAGCAGGCCUACACUCCGCCUCCACCGAGACAGCACGCGUCCCGCCCCUCUCCGCAGGACCGCCCACACUACCCAGAAUCCUCCCGGCAAGGGCAACAGAGCUGGUACCCUUCGCCUCCCCCUGCUCAGGAGCUUCACUCUGAUGCGGGGUAUAAGGCAAGUUCGGGAGGGCCGCCGGGGGUCCGAACCACCCAAAGCGCCUCACCCAAAAAGGCUCCUGAGACCCUGCCCACUGGGUCUAGUCACAGCUCUGCGUAUCAGCCCAACAAGGGGGCAGUGCCACGACCUGAGGAAGAGCUGGAUCGUCUCACUAAGAAGCUGGUUUAUGACAUGAAUCAUCCACCCACAGAGGAGUAUUUUGGUCGCUGUGCUCGGUGUGGUGAUAACGUGGUGGGAGAUGGCAGUGGCUGCGUUGCCAUGGAGCAGGUGUUUCAUGUGGAGUGUUUCACCUGCAUCAUGUGCCACGCCCGUCUAAGGGGACAGCCCUUCUACGCCCUGGACAAAAAGAGUUACUGCGAGAGUUGUUACAUAAGUACGCUGGAGCGCUGUUCGAAAUGCUCGAGCCCCAUUCUGGACCGGAUCCUGCGGGCCAUGGGCAAAGCCUACCAUCCACGCUGUUUCACCUGUGUGGUGUGUGGAUGUUGCCUGGACGGAGUGCCCUUCACUGUGGAUGCCACCUCCCAAAUCCACUGUAUUGAAGACUUCCACAGGAAAUUUGCCCCUCGCUGCUCGGUGUGUGGCCAGGCGAUAAUGCCGGAGCAUGGCCAGGAGGAGACGGUCAGGAUCGUGGCUCUGGAUCGCAGUUUCCAUGUGAACUGCUACAAGUGUGAGGAAUGUGGUUUACUCCUCUCGUCUGAGGGUGAGGGGCGUGGUUGCUAUCCUCUGGACGGACACAUUCUUUGUAAAAGCUGCAGCGCUCGACGCAUUCAAGACCUCUCUGCCAAAAUCUCCACCGACUGCUAACGGCUCUCUCCUCCCUCACGGUCACCCUC